AUGUUUAUUGAUUUACAAAAAGCUUUUGAUACAGUAGAUCAUGGCAUAUUACUCAAUAAACUAAUAGAUUUGGGUGUAGAGGGUUUGUCUUACAGCAUUAUCAAAGAUUUCCUCAUGAAAAGAGUGACGCUUGUUAUUUCAGAACUCCAACCACAAUUACCGCAACAACAACUUCAGCCUCAGUUACCUCAACAGCAACUUCAGCCUCAAAUUCCGCAGCAACAGUUGCAACCCCAAUUGCCUCAACAACAGUUGCAACCUCAAUUACCGCAGCAACAGCUUCCUCAGCAGCAGCAGCAACAGCUUCCUCAGCAGCAGCUACCUCAGCAGCAGCUACCUCAGCAACAGCAACCCCAGCUGCCUCAGCAGCAGAUGCCCGAUCAACCUCUUUGCACCGGAAUGAACGAAGAGUACGGCUGCCGCAUGACCUGCGACGGUCGUUGUGACUCUUUCGGUUCUUUCUGUUUUAACGGCGUCAACAAAUGCCAAUGUUACUGCAGAUUUGGUUUUUAUUUGUCUAAUAUAAUGACAGAUGAUUCUACUAAAGUUGCUUUAAGAUUUUAA